AUGGGUAAAAUCACCGCUGGCGACCGCGAACCACCUAACUCUUAUUGUCUCUGGCGCCCGGAUCGACCUACCACUGAGAGAUUGCUCUGGAAGAACGCGCCUUGGACAGAAAUUAGAGCUAGAGUCACUACCAGCUUACAAGGGGUUCCCCUGGAUGGCUCAGUCCAGCUGCAGACGGAUCGCCUGAUGAUAGCGGUCACAGAAGCAGUCUCAAAACUUACACCAAAGGCAAAACCCUCACCAUACGCGAAACGAUGGUGGACGACAGAUCUAACGCAGCUUCGCCGUAUAUACACAUACUGGAGAAAUCAGGCUAGAUCGCGGCGUAGAGCAGGAUGUAUAAUCCAUGAGCUCGAACAACAAGCACAUAAAGCGGCAAAAGAAUAUCAUGAUGCAAUCCGGAAACAGAAGAAGAUACACUGGGAAGAUUUCCUUGCUAAUGAUGCAAAUAUAUGGCAGGCAACUAAAUAUCUAAAACCUAAUAGUAGCUCAUUCAGCGACAAAAUACCACCAUUGGUAAAGGCAGAUGGAUCUACUACCAAAGAUAAAGGAGAGCAGAUGAAAGAGUUGCUUGCUACAUUUUUCCCACCAUUACCGACGAGAAUAGAAGAUGAGGGAACUCGGCCACAAAGAGAGCCGAUACACAUGCCUGAUCUCACUAUGGAGGAGAUUGAACGAAAAGUCUUUGAAGCUAAGCCAUGGAAAGCACCCGGAGAGGAUGGCCUCCUAGCAAUGGUAUGGAGGCAGCUCUGGCCAGUGGUCAAAGAAAGAGUAUUCCGUAUCUUUCAGAUAUCACUUCAAGAUAGCGAUCUCCCUUCCCAAUGGAGAAAUGCUAAGAUUAUACCGCUAAAGAAGCCGGCCAAGAAAAAUUACGCGCUGGCUAAAGCAUGGAGACCAAUAUCAUUGCUCUCCACGUUGGGUAAAAUACUGGAAGCGGUCGUCGCGGAAAGAAUAUCAUACGCUGUCGAAGAGUUCGGCCUGCUGCCUAUAAACCACUUUGGAGCAAGGAAGAGGCGCUCGGCAGAACAGGCACUUCUAUUAUUGCAAGAAGAGAUCUAUAAGGCCUGGAGAAAUAGGAAGGUACUAAGCCUGGUCAGUUUUGAUGUCCAAGGGGCAUAUAAUGGAGUCUUCAAAGAGAGACUGCUGCAGAGACUCAAGGCAAGAGGAAUACCUGACCAAAUAGUUCGAUGGAUUGAUGCUUUCUGCUUAAGACGCACAGCAAACAUCCUGGUUAAUGGAUCUAUAAGCGAACAACGGGAGCUACCACAGGCAGGCUUACCACAAGGAUCACCACUGUCCCCAAUACUAUUCCUGUUCUUUAAUGCGGAUUUAGUACAACACAGGAUAAGUGCCUCCAGAGGAGCAAUUGCAUUUGUGGAUGACUAUACGGCAUGGGUAUUAGGCCUAUCAGCAGAAGCAAACCGGGCUAGCAUACAAGCCAUAAUCGACAGAGCCUUGGAUUGGGAAAGACGAAGCGGGGCAACAUUUGAAUGUAAUAAAACGGCCAUAGUUCACUUCACCCGGACGGCAAGCCGUUCAAGCAGCAUACCAUUCUUGAUUAAAGGCGAAAUAGUCGAACCAAAGGAAAGUGCAAAGAUUUUAGGAAUAGUGAUGGAUUCCCAGCUACGGUUCAAGGAACAUAUUGCCAAUGCUGCUACUAAAGGACUCACGGCAGCCAUGGCGCUGAGAAGGCUAAAGAUGACUUCCCCACGGUCAGCAAGACAACUAUUUAAAGCUACAGUAGCUCCAGUGACAGACUACGCUUCUAGUGUCUGGAUGCAUGCCUGUGGAGCAAGGGGAAUAUAA